AUGGCGCCUAAACUGUCCGAGGAGGAGAUCGACGAUCUGAUCUACUGUGCCCGUGCGGGCGAGGAUGCUGAGCUCACGGAGACGGUGGCAGCCUUGGCCGAGCGCGAAAAGGUGACACCCGCCGAAGUCAUCAUCGCCGCCAAGGACGAGAGCAGAAAGUCAACUACACUACACAUGGCCGCGGGCAAUGGGCAUCUCGAAACGGUCCGAAAAUUGCUUGGCUACUUUGCCGAGCGCCCUUCGGAUGAGAAGCAAGCUUUUCUCGAUGAGCCCAACGAGCAUGGCAACACGGGCCUCCACUGGGCUGCACUUGGUGGCCACCUGAGCGUUGUGAAAUUGUUGAUGGAGCAGGGUGCUUCUCCUGCCCUGGCGAAUGAGCAAAAUUAUGUUCCGUUGGAUCUGGCCAACUUCAACGACAAGAAGGACGUUGCGCAGCACUUCCUCGCCAGUGCCGGGAUGCUGGAGGAGGAGAAUCAAGCAGAGGGCCUAGCAGCUCAGACUGCUGGCGUGGAGAUCGAAGACGAUGGCAAGGACGAGCAGGAUGGCGGAGUUGACUCGAAGCAGGAGGCGACAAAGGCAGAGGAGAAGGCUUCGUGA